CGCGCCCCGAACGCCGUGGUAGCCGGAGGCGGGGCGGCGGCGCGGAGGUGGAGCGUCGGCGGGAGAGAGGGAGAGGUGUCGUCGGCGCGGAGGCGGAGCGACGGCGGGAGAGAGGGAGAGAGGGAGAGACGCGUGGAAAGUUCAGUCUGGUGGCGCGCACGCGCGUGUCGCGUUUAUAGCGCGCGCGGCAGCGGACGCGGCAAUUCUCCCGCGCGGGAUAGCGCAAAAGCGGACGCGCGCCCUUUUUUCACGCGUCCGCUGGAGCUGCGCGCGAGCGCCCGCGCGCGCCAAAUCGGUAGUUUUUUUUCCGCGCGGCUGUUUUAGCGCGCCUGUUGGAGAGCUAGAGCGGGGCAAUUUGGCAUUGAUCAGCAAGGAAACCAAGCGACGGAAGUUUCGCCAGAAACAAAGCGACAGAGGUUUCGAGACAAACCAAGCGACUGGCGAUCUCCCAAUCCGACGCCCGCCUCCGCCCUCCGGCACGCCGGCCGGCCGACCGACCGCCUAUCCUUCGAACUUUGAAGAUCACUGCAUCUGCCCUCUGAGAAGCUAUGGAGCGAUUUUAUCCAAAAUCUACAAGUGGCAACAUGCCUGAAAUGAUUGAUUUGAGCAAGCUUCCUCGGGAUCCAUCUAAAAGGAAGAGAAUUAUAGAUUUCCAUCCCAAUCAGCAUGAGGACAUCAGAAGAAAGUACUUGACAUGGGGGCCUCAUCAACCUCGUCCAUCCAAGUUUAAACUCAGAAUGAUUGGAAAGAGUAAGAUGCAUUUUAUUGCUGAUUGGUAUGAUAUGCAUGCCAAUUGGUUAGAGUACAGUGAGGCAGAGGACAAGGCAUAUUGCCUGUGUUGCUAUUUGUUCAGGGACAAUAUUAAAGGUAACAAGCAUGGACAUGAUGCAUUUGUGAUAGAGGGCUAUGUCAAUUGGAAGAAGGGACCAGAGAGAUUUUCGAAACAUGUGGGUGACCGUGAUAGUUUCCACAACAAGGCACUAAAAAACUGUGAAGAUCUGAUGAAUACUGCUCAAUCAAUCCCCGAAGCCUUGCAUAAACAAACUCAAAUUGAGAAGAAUGAGCAUCUUAUCCGGUUGAAUGCUGCAAUUGAUAUAUGUAGAUACUUGUUGCAUCAAGGACAACCUUUUCGUGGCCAUGAUGAGUCAGAAGACUCAACAAAUAAAGGAAAUUAUCUCGAGUUGAAGGAUUAUACUAUGAUGCAAAAUGAUGUUGUAGCCAAGGCAUUCAAAAAUGCUCCACGCAAUAAUCAGUUGGUGUCUCCAACAAUUCAAAAGGAUAUUACUCAAUGCUUUGCGGAAGAAAUUAUGGGCAGUAUUUUGAAGGACAUUGACAAUGGCGUGUUUAGUUUAUUGGUUGAUGAGUGUCGUGAUGUUUCUGACAAAGAACAAAUGGCAGUUGUUCUACGCUAUGUCAACAAAUGUGGGGUGUCAAAUGAGAGGUUUGUUGGUGUUGUUCAUGUGGAGGAGACAACAGCAGAUUAUCUCAAGUCUAAAAUUGAUUUUAUGUUUGCAAAGUUUGGUUUGAGUCUACAACAAGUGAGAGGACAAGGUUAUGAUGGAGCAAGUAACAUGGCCGGUGAGUUUAAUGGCUUGCAGGCCAAGAUUAUGAGAGAGAACAGUUCAGCUUAUUAUGUACAUUGUUUUGCUCAUAAGCUUGACUUAGUUGUUGUGUCUCUUGCAAAGAAGAUACCUGAUGUUGGCGAAUUCUUUGAUAUGAUAUCAUUAUUGGUUACCGUGGCUGGAUACUCUUGCAAGAGAAAGGAUAAACUUAGAGAGUUUCAUCAGGAAGAACUUAGGAAAGCUAUUUACAGGGGAGAGCUUUCUACAGGAUCUGGAUUAAACCAGGAGAUGUCUCUCCAAAGACCAGGAGAUACUAGAUGGAAUUCUCACUAUACAACUUUGUUGAGUUUGUCGAAGAUGUUCCCUUCAGUGGUUAAAAUACUAGAAUAUGUGGAGGAAGAUGGAAAAGAUCCGUACAAGAAACGUCAAGCCAAUGGUCUUCUAAAAUAUUUUCAAACAUUUGAUUCUAUAUUCUUUCUACACAUGAUGAUGAUUAUAUUUGCUUGGACAAAUGGGCUGUCAAAAACAUUUCAAACAAAGGACAUGGGUAUUGCAAAUGCUAUGUCAGAUGUAGAAUCUAUUAAGAGGGAGCUAAUGAAGCUCAGAUCUGAGCAAGGUUGGAAUUCUCUCCUGAAGAAAGUAUGCCUCUUCUGCGAGACAUAUGACAUUUCGGCGAUGGACAUGAAAAAGGACUACAUAAAUCCAAAGAAGCCAAGGCAAAAGACCGGCAUUGACAAUGAGCAUCAUUAUCGGGUUGACUGUUUCUUUGUUGUCAUAGAUUUGUUGUUAGAACAGUUAAAUCGCAGAUUCAAUGAGGUAAAUUUAGAGUUGCUUUGUUGCAUGUCCGCUUUCAGCCCAAGUGAUCAAUUUAGACUUUAUGAUGAUGAGAAACUUAUCAAGUUGGCCAAGUUUUAUCCUGGAGACUUCAAUGAUGAUGAAUUGGAUCAUCUUGAGCAGGAGCUUUGCCUUUACCUAGAUAAUGUACUCAAUGAUACAAGGUUUGCUAGCUUGGACACAAUCAUCGAUUUGGCUAAACUAAUGGUGACUACACGGAAGCAUCUUUCUUAUCCGUUGGUCUAUCGCCUUUUAAAGUUAGUGUUAACUCUUCCCGUUGCUACGGCAACUAUCGAGAGGUGCUUCUCAGCUAUGAAGCUUGUCAAGAGUGCUCUACGAAACAAAAUGGGUGAUGAUUAUAUGAGCCAUAGCCUCAUUUGCUUUGUAGAGAAGGAAUUGUUGGACAAUAUUCCGAAUGAGGUGAUAGUUGGACGUUUCCAUGCGACAAAUCGCUGUGGGGUGAAAAGAAAGGUGAUUUUUCUCAUGUGGGGUUAA